AUGCCAGUACCGGACCCCCGCCGCAGGAUGAGCCUCGCGGCAGAGUCCCGGCGCAUCAUAAGCCGCACGGCUCGCCUUCCAGCCUGGGUGCACCGUGCGCGACAGCUAGUGCCGCCAGUACUCGCCUGUUUCCUGAGCUACAUUUGUAUUGUUGUGAAUCCGCUCAACCGACUAACAGGCCACUAUGCCUUCCUCGUCAACACGUCCGUCAUCCUCUUCUAUUUCCCCAAGGGCAGAGUCAGUACGAUCCUAGAGAACAAUACCAUCUCACUGAUUGGUGCGCUCGGGGGGUUGGGGUGGUCGAGUGCCGUGCUCGCCGUUGCGGCGUGGUAUGGCACACACUACGGCUCAGACUCAAGCCAGUCGCGCUCCGCGCUCGGCGUCGGGCUGGCAUUCCUCAGUCUCAUCAACGGUUGUCUCCGGUCGUACGCACCACGUCUCAACGUCGCCUGUCGUGCUGCCAUGUUUUAUCCAAUCUUUCUGCUCACCUCGGAGCAGCGCAUCACCCGCAUGAACCAGUGGAUGUUCCUCAACCAGUUCUUCGUCACGCUCUUCGCGUACAUUGCUGCGACAUUGUGCGGCGUGGUGCUAGCGGAGCACUCGUCAGCACCCCUGCUCGGCACACAGAUUGUCGCGUGUGUGCGCACCACAUGCGAUCUUAUCCCGACGUCCUUAGCAGCCAUUCUGGAGCCCGAUGCUGAGGACACCGACUCGUCCGUCCCGACUCCGCGCGAGGGUCCACAAGCUGCGACAACGUUACGGGUAGGGGAGAAGGAGCUCGAGGAGCAAAACCCGACCACUUCGCGGCAGCAGCUCCUUGCUCAGGACCUCCGCACCGAGGUGGCUGCUAUGCGUGCGACGUUCAAGGCGUACUCGUUGGACAUUGUGCGUGCGCGCCACCCACCGAGGGCGCUGCGGCCCGUUAUCAAGGUGUUCGGGAGACUCCAGCGCAACGCACUCUUCAUGCCAACUGGAUACGUACCUGGCGAGCGAAUCCGCAAUGCGCUGGAGCGUGCCUAUGCGACCCCACAUUCGCCUGCAGUUUCACGCGCGUCGAGUCGGCCCGGUACACCGCGGCCGAUGCCGAGUGCAACCAACGAAAAUGGGAGUGGUACGCCUAUCACGCCCAUUGCAGCCAACUUCGACACGGCGACACCCACGACAAGCGCGCUUAACUCGGCCGCAAGCUUGAAGAGCUUCCGCCUCCAUUCGCCGGCUCUUCCGCGCGAGACUGCUGCCGAGCACCUGGCCCGCGAGCUGAGCAAGAUUGCAACGCACAGGCAUACUGGAAGCCGUAUCCCCAGUGGGAAUCACGACAACUCAGCCCGGCGCAAGCUCACCGCAACGUGCGGGAACUUGAGCAACGCGAUCAUUGCAGCCCUCCGCGGCUCUGCAACGUUACUGACCGAGGCGUGCGAGUGGCGAUGGCGGACACCAGUUGUUUUGCCUCACACGGACCUACUAUUGGCACAGCUUAGCGGUGCACUUGAUGAGCUCGAGAAGCGUCUCAGUGGGAUCCUCGACAGUGCCGAAGUGCCGAAGAGCCCUACCUCUGGCGUCGUAUUCGAAGAUGAGAUGACGAGCGAUUGGCUCGACGAAGAAGACAGGUUCCGCAUCGCAUUCUUCAUGAUUGCUCUUCUCGACCUUGCACGCGAUACCCGCUUUUUGUUACGCACUGCAGGUCGACUGCAUGACGAGCAGGCUCCCAAGCAAUGGUACUUACCCGCUGUUAACUGGCCAUGGGCUCCCCUACCCGACGACGCGGUGCUGCCGUCCAUCGACAGAGAGGUGCCGACGGGUACCGACGACCAUAAUUUCCGGUACAAGAACAAUGAGGACCUCGACUUUGUGCAAUCGCUCCUGCACGAGUCACGCGAGACGAGCAAGGCGCGACCGCGCAUGGCCGAGGCGCGGACGUUUGGCGAGCGCGCGAACGCUGCGUGGCGCGCCAUAUGGGACCGCAGCGGAGUCGUGCUCACUCGUGUUCUGCUCUCGAAGGCCUUCCACACACUCAAGCACUCGCGUCACGUCCACUUCGCGCUCAAGCAGACCAUCGGCAUCAGUGUACUCUCUCUCGCGGCCUUCCUUCCUGCUGGAAACAGUGGGCGACAAUGGUACGACUCGACGAACGGCGCAUGGAUGGUUGUGUCGUUCAUGUACGUGCUCGAAGUGACCACGGGUGCGACUCUACACGUCGGCUUCUAUCGUAUGUGGGGGACUUUUAUCGGCGCGGUCCUUGGCUACAUUUUCACCACUAUCGCCCACACCAAUCCCUACGGCCUGGUCGUCUUGUGCACAGCAGCGUCUGUCCCUAUUUCGUACGGCAUUCUGUUCACGGAGGUUGCGCCUAUGGCCAUUGUGACGGGCAUCACCCUCCCGCCCAUUGUCUUUCUUCAGUACCUCGGUCUCACCCAAGGCAAGUCCCAGUUCCACAUUGCGUGGGAGCGCUUUGUGGAUAUCGCCAUUGGUAUCGCUGCCGCCGUCAUCAUCGGCAUGUGGCUGUGGCCCAUGCACGCGCGAGUACAGUACUUUUCGGCAGUCGCAGACACGAUGGAUCAGAUCACGGAAUAUUACCUGCGCAUGUCGCGCGACCUCCUUCGCCCGUCCUUGGUAUACAAGGCGAACAACAAGCAGUACCCAAUCCUCGAGUCUGCUGUCCGGCGUCACCUCACACGUUCCCGCAUGCUCGUUGAUAUCCAAACGCGUGAGAUCUCGCUCCUCCCGAGGCCCAUCAAGCUGUACUCUGAAGUGAUCGACCUUGCCGAGCGCCUGAUCGAGACGUUCACCGAGGUGCGGACGCUGCGCUUCAGCUUACCACGGCAGGAGACAGUGCUUGACGUCCUCCCGAUUCGGCGUGAACUGGUCUCCGCAAUCUUGAUCAAUCUCUGGGCAUGUGGGCAGGCGUUUCGUUCCCGGAGCCCGCUCCCUCAACUGCUUCCAUCCCCUCGCGUGCCUCUUGGAGAGGUGAUGGACGCGACGGACAGUCAUGCGCAGGACGUGCGUGGCAUACGCGCGCGUGCCAAUCUCCGACGGCGUCGAGGGCGCGACGGGAAUGACGACGUCGAGGAGACGGGACGAGACGAGAUCGCCGUGCUGUACGGUAUGGCGGAGAAUGAGGCGCUUGGCGAAGUCAUCACGAGUCUUGAGUCGCUCCUAGCUGCCGCACGAACGCUGUUCGGCACACAGAGUUUCCUGGACAUGGCCGACCUGCGCCAGAUGUGA